GACGCGCAGUCCUCUCGUCGCUUCUGGCAAGUACCAGGGCUCGCUGCUAAGAGGAAGUCAUUUGCAUGUCAUUUGAUAAGAAACAGGCGCAUACACUGGAUACGUAGAAAGAAUCAUCUAUCUUUUUUUUAAAGGAACACCAUGGAGGAGCAAACUGCUGACAUAGAAGUGACAGUGAAAACUUUAGACUCCCAGAGCAGAAGCUACACUGUUGGUGGGCAGUUGACAGUGAAAGAGUUCAAGGAGCACAUCGCCCCUUCAGUGGGGAUCCCAGUGGACAAACAGAGGCUGAUUUACCAGGGCAGAGUCCUACAGGAUGAAAGGACCCUGACAGACUAUAAUGUGGGUGGCAAGGUCAUCCACCUUGUGGAGCGGGCACCGCCUCCACCCUCCCAGUCUGGUUCAGGGUCAGGAGGCACCUCAGCUGACAGUGGAGCCUCCUCCUCCACCUCCCAGGGAACCUCCCAAGUGCCUCCACACGACCGCAAUGCCAACAGCUAUGUCAUGCUGGGCACCUUCAACCUCCCAGUCAACCUCAUGGACCCCCAGCAGAUACAGAUGUCAGUUCAGCAGAUGAUGUCAGGCUUGGGGGAGAACGGAAGGAAUGCAAGAAUCACAACCAGCACUGGGAACAAUGGGUCCAUGAAUGUACACAUCGAUAUGGACCAAUCAGUGCAGAGCGAGCCCAGACUGAGGCUGCUCCUGGCUGAGAACCUGCUGAGGGAUACCAAUGAUCUCAUCCAAAGAAUGGAGGGUCAAUCAAGUGACACAUCCUUCCAACCAGAGUCAACUCCUGCUGCUGCUCCCCCUCCUCCCUCCUCUUCAUCCACCACCUCCACUCCCUCUCCCUCUGCCCAGCCCAUGGACACCUCGCCACCUCCAUCCUCUCCCCCACCUCCCCCCACCUCUUCUGCCCAAUCUGAGGGACCAACAACACAUGCUGGACCCAAUCAUCCAAGCCCAGCUGAACUGGUGGAGAUGUUGUCUGAGCUGAGGAGAGUGGAGGAGCGGCUGCAGCCCUUCAUUCAGAGAGCUCACACCAUCCUGGAGACAGCCACCACAGCAGAAUACAACAAUACAGAGAGAGAGGAGGACCAGCGCAUUCUCAACCUGGUGGGGGAGUCCCUCCGUCUCCUUGGUAACGCCCUUGUGGCCCUCAGUGACUUGCGGUGCAACCUGCUGAGCCCCCCGCCUCGCCACCUACAUGUGGUCCGGCCCAUGUCCCACUACACCUCCCCAGUCACUCUGCCCGGAGCUGUGCAUCACCACAUCCCACUGCACAUGAACCUGGGUGCCACGGUGACUAUGGCGGCUAAUGGCAGUGAGGGACAAGCCCCGCCCACCCAGCCAGCCAGCCAGUCGGAGCAGGCAGGUCAGGGACAGACCUCCCCCCCACAGACUCCCCCAUCCAAUCAGCAGGCUGGACAGGGACAGGCUGGCCCCCGGGUCAUCAGGAUCAGCCACCAGGCAGUUCCGGUGGUCAUGAUGCAGAUGAACACGGACGGCGCUGGCCCUAACCCUCAAACAGCUGGCCAGCAGGUUCCUGGGCAGCCAGGCACCCUCCCUCCCGACUUUAUGCGGAAUCUCAUGCAACAGAUCAGCCAGUAUGCUGCUGCCGUGGCUACAAGCGCCACCACCGCUGCUGCCACUGGCCAACCAGUCCCACCCCAGCCCACUGCUCCUGGCUACACCUCCACAGCCACCUCCUCAACUGCUACCACAGGUCCAAAUACACCCACCACCACCCCUACUGCCCCUCCACCUCCUGAUACAGGCCCCCGGCCUCAGGCCAGGAUGUCGUUCCGCCGCCCAGCCCGCAUGCCCCCUCCAGUCUUUGGCACCCGUGGAGCCACCAUCAAUGUGAGUGCAGCCAUGCCGGGUCAGCAGCCAGGACAGCCUUUCAACCCUGCUGCUCUCAACCAGAUGAUUAGUGGAUUGGUUGGACAACUUCUGAUGCCAGGACAGAUGGCUGGUCAAACAGCCACCUCCUCCUCCUCCUCUUCCUCCUCCACAUCCUCCUCCUUUUCCUUCUCCACCUCGGGCCCUGCUCCUCCUCCGGCCGCAGACUCCAACACUGCACCCAGCCAACCUGAGGCAACCCCAGGCCAGCCCCAAGCCCAGGGGAUACCUCCAGACCUCAGCCAGCUGCUGGGCUCUCUCAUGGGGGGUGCUGGUGUGGGGCCAGUAGGGGCCCCAUCCAUCACCGUCACCACAUCAGGUGUCCCAGCUUUUAUCCAGGGAGUGACAGACUUCAUGCAGCAGGCAUCCCAGCCGGUCUUCCAGCCGCCCCCUCCUCCCACUGGUACUGCUCCUCCUCCCCCUGCAGGGACAACCCCCACACCCAACGCCCCCAAUGCAGCUGAGGCCCUCAACCCAGAGCUGUUCACAGGCAUUGUUCGCGGCGUCCUAACCACCAUGAUGGGUUCACUGGGCCAGACCCAGAAUGACACGGAGAGCAUCGCCCAGUUUAUGCAGAGGCUCUCUCAGACCACCAACAUCUUCAUCAGCCCUGAGGAUCCUACUGGGUUUUUUGGAGAGUUGCUGACGUUGGUGUGCCAGACAUUCACGAUGUCAGACCUGGUGGCACUCCUCCAUGGUCAGCAUCAUCCCCUGGGCCGCAUCCAGCCCCAGCUGGCCCAGUUCUUCACCCAGAACUACCUCAAUGGCAGAGAGCCCACUGACGAGAACAUCGCUGCUGCUGCUGAGGGUCUUGUCAACGAACUGGAGGAGUACAUCACUGAGAGCUUUAGAGAGUCCUCAGUCACUGUGUUGGAGGGGGUCGACAUCACACAGACCAACAUGUCCUUCUUCAGACAACAGCUGACACGUAUUGCCACACACAUUUUGUGUUGCACUGAUGACUCAUUUGGGCCUCGGUUGCUGCAGAUGUGCAACCAGGCAUUGUUUGAGUGUCUGGCCCUCAACCUACAUUGCCUAAGAGGAGACCAGGGCGCCCUCACCGCAGUCAUCAACCACCGCAUAAGGAGGAUGUCCAGUGACAUGAGCCCCAGCCUGGUCAACUGGAUGACCAGCAUGAUGACGAUGAGGCUGCAGGUCAUUUUGGAGCACAUCCCCGUCACACAGGAGCAGAUCCAGGCCUACAUAGUCCACACACAGAGAGAGCAGUCUUCUGCAAGUGGCUCACAAGGGCCUGAACGGGCACAAAGUGUAACUAUUGAGGACACCCACUCACCAGCUGCAGCUACCACAGCCGAGGAGGCCAUGUCGGCAUCACAAGAGACGAGGGCGUCAUCACAGGAAACACGGGUGUUGCCGGGAGAAGUGGGAGCCUCUGGAGGAGCUGCACCAUUAGGUGGCGCCAUGGCAGCAGCAGGAGCUGAAGGAGGGAGUGAGGAGGCUAGUAGAGAAUCAGAGGCCUGGGUGGCUGCUGUACCUCCUGAAUGGGUGCCCAUCAUCAGAUGUGACCUGGUCACCCAGAGGAAGAUGAAGGCUCAGCCUCCAUUGUCUGAUGCCUAUUUACAUGGGAUGCCCGCCAAACGCAGGAAGACAGGGCAGGGGGGUGGAACCCUCCUCUCCCUCUCUGAUGCAGUGAGUCAGGCUGCCCGGACAGCAGGAGUGAAGCCCAUCACCACUGCUGAUCGGUUGCAGGAGGAGCUAGAGAACCACGAUCUCCAGGAGGCCUAUGCAGAACAGGUGAAAGCAGACAUCAAGAAACGAGUGAGGGAAGACCCAGAUUUCAGCCCUCAGCAGUUCCCCAACGCACACAGAGCCUUUUCAUCAGAUUCAUAACCUGAACAAGUACAGCUCAUAACUAAUCUGCAAGCACUCUAGCUCUUUUCACCCUCAACUUAUUAUUAUUAUUUUUUUUUAAAUCUUGUUUGAGUACCACUCGAUGCAGCUUCAUCCCCAGAGCUACCUUUACACCUUUUGAACACUUAGCACCUCUCUCGACUAAUUGCCUCUGGCUUCUAUGUGACUACUUUCCUAGUGCCUAUUUAUUGCUUUGUGUUUUUUUUUUUUCUUUCUUUUUUGUCCACCUUUUGCUGAGAGAAUGUUCCUUAAUAAAGGUGUUUUGUUGGAUUUAAGUUGAACUAAAUCGGGUUACCUUAUUUCUUUAUGGAUACAUUUGUACAAAGUCCAUUUACAACUGUUAUCCGUCUGCCUUCUUAUCCUUGUGUUGCUAUGUUAAUAUUGAGCCUGGAUUAUCAUGAUUUAAUGGAUUUCUACCUUCCUCUCUUGAUACUUUCUAGUUCAAGAUUCCUCUUUCAUUUGAUGAGAAUUGGUAAAAAAAAUGUACAGUAAGCUUAAUAAAACUAUUGACACACAA